AGUGGCGGGGCCGGGGGGCGGCUCCGCGGGGAGUGCCCGGAGCGGGCUGCGACGACCCCAGUGCGCCAUGGCCUCCCUGCGUGUCCUGCUGCGCGGCUUCCGCGGCCCGCUGCUCGCCUGGGCCGGCUGCUCGGCGCCGCGCUCCUUCGCCGCGGGUGCUAACUUUGAGUACAUCGUCACAGAGAAAAAGGGGGAGAAUGGCACCGUGGGGCUCAUCCGGCUGAACCGGCCCAAAGUUCUCAACGCCCUGUGCGGCGGCCUGAUCAUGGAGCUCAACCAGGCCCUGGACGCCUUCGAGGACGACCCAGCCGUGGGGGCAAUCGUCCUCACCGGCGGGGAUAAGGCGUUUGCAGCCGGAGCUGAUAUUAAGGAAAUGCAGAACUAUACGUUCCAGAGCUGUUAUUACCACAAUUUCCUGGCCCGCUGGGACCACCUGACCCAGGUCAAGAAGCCGGUGAUAGCUGCCGUCAACGGUUACGCUCUGGGUGGAGGCUGUGAGCUCGCCAUGAUGUGUGACAUCAUCUACGCCGGGGAGAAAGCCCAGUUUGGGCAGCCCGAGAUCUUACUGGGAACUAUCCCAGGUUCCGGGGGCACGCAGAGACUGACCCGCGCCGUGGGGAAGUCGCUGGCCAUGGAGAUGGUCCUCACCGGCGACCGCAUCUCAGCCCAGGACGCCAAGCAGGCAGGUCUUGUAAGCAAAGUUUUUCCUGUUGAAACAUUGGUGGAAGAAGCCAUCAGAUGUGCAGAAAAAAUUGCCAGCAAUUCUAAAAUUGUGUCAGCAAUGGCCAAAGAAUCGGUGAACGCAGCUUUUGAAAUGACUUUGGCAGAAGGAAAUAAGUUGGAGAAGAAACUCUUUUAUUCAACUUUUGCCACUGAGGACCGGAGGGAGGGAAUGACCGCCUUUGUGGAGAAGAGAAAGGCCAACUUCAGAGACCAGUAGUCGCCGGCCUGGAGGGAGGCAGAGCUGCUGGCCGUUCUCUCUCCAAGGGCAACAACGUGCCACACGUCCUCCCUGCCCGGCCGCAGGUGUGUGCCCGCGGGGGCAGCACAGCGGGGGCACUCACACCCUCUUGGGGCACAGCGUCUGUCCUCGCCCAGCGCUCUCACUGUGUCUGGAGCACGUGCGUGUUCUGGUCUGAUCAUGUUCUUUCAAAUAAAAAUCCCACUGUGGAGCCUUCA